UCCCUCUCUCUUUCUCCUAGCCUUGUCUUCCGGUGCUGACUGUCCAGCUAUAGUUAUCCACUUAUCAGGAGAGGAAUCUCAUGGAGCCGAACCUGCAUUUCUGGAUCCGAGAAAACCAAACUUUUGUCCAAAGAUUUCUUCACUGCCUUGACCUACUAGACCCAACAAAUGCACUGCUCUCUCAUAAAACAAUAAAAACUGCAAGAGAACUAUUAAGGAAUGAACAGACAUCUAAAGAUCACACAGAGGACCAAAAGAUACAAAAAGCCUGGAAACAGAGCCUGGCAACAGUGAAUCCUGAUACUGGGCGUGCGAUUCCUAUGCUAUUUAGGCCUGCAGCUUUUUUCCCUAUUACUGGACCUCUGGUAUUCCUAUUUCUGCAAAAAAGUAAAGGAAUAAAGGCUGCUUUUUUCCCUCAGUUUUUCAUCCAUGCGUAUAAUACUGAAUUUAGCAUAAUAAAUGGAAAUGCAAUCCCUGCAAAAUAUUCUCUUGAACAGCAAGUUCUUGGAAUGACUACAAUUAUUUCUACAACAAUUUUUGGAAUUUCCCCUCUUUUUAUGAUGAAUCGAUACACAUUAAAAGGACCUGCUAUUAAGAAUGUUGUUACCAAAAUCUUGCCUAUCCCCCUUCUAGCCUUUUUAAGUAUAUUUAAUGUGGUGGUAAGCAGAAGCCAUGAGUACCAGAAUGGAAUUCGUGUAAUGGACGAGAAUGGGAAUGUUGUAGGACUAUCUCGAGAAGCUGGAACCAAGGCAGUUGGAGAAACAGCAUUGUCUAGAGGUUUGCUCUUUGGGACAUCAGUUCUUCUUUCAAGUGUUUUUACUUAUGUUUUGGAAAGGAUCAAGCUUGCCCAUCAAAAUCCAAAAUUUCUGGUGGCCAUGAAGUUAAAUAUGACUCUUAUGGUAAUGGGACUGAUGGUGCCAGUUUCAUUUUGUGUAUUUCCCCAGACAGGGCAGAUACCUCGAACCUCUCUAGAACCAGAAAUCCAGUCCUUGACAGAGGAAACAACUCUCUAUUAUAACAGAGGACUUUAAAGACCAGUUUGAAAUUUCAUCAUCACUUGUCUUCUCAAAGACCUUACUCAGAGUCUAGAAUUGGAAGGAACUCAGAAUAGCUCCAUCUUGUACCUGAGAACCCCCAAAAAUCCCUCCCCUAAAAUAUAAUUUUCUUAACACUUCAGGCUUAUAUGUCUAUGCCUUUUCGCUGAUCAAGACACUCUCCCAAUAGAAAGCCUGAAGGAAAGAACAUUGUUCUGUCUUAGCUGGAUCCUCAGCCAGCACUUAACAUCAUUCUUUUGGGUCAGCACAUUUCCAUUUACUAUGAAGUCGGAAUCAGAUCAGAUCGCUGCAUCAAAUAAGCUCACUGUUUUUCAUUGUGUGUGUGUAUGUGUGUGUGUGUAUGUAUAUGGGUGUGGGUAUGGGUAUGUGUGUGUAUGCAUAUGGGUGUGGGUAUAGGUGUUUAUAAAACACAGCCAGUUUUACAUAUUCAACUCCCAAGAGGCUGUACCUAUUCUGUAAUAAAAUGUGUGUA